UCCGUGUCACCUGCUUCCGUUAUUUCUUUUUAUCAUUAGUUCUUUAAACUGCACAACACAAAGCUUUCAACUUUCUCUGAAUUCAAACACCCCUUUUCUGUUUUCUCUUCUCAGCACAAAUUCUCUCUUUCUGCUUCGUUUUUGGGUGUCCUUUUAUCAUGGGUCGUCCACCCAGUAAUGGAGGCCCCGCCUUUCGCUUCACUCAGCCUGAGGUAACAGAAAUGGAAGCUAUUCUUCAAGAACACAACAAUGCAAUGCCAGCACGUGAUGUUCUUACUGCUCUUGCGGAGAAGUUCAGUGAAUCGCCAGAUCGUAAAGGCAAGAUUACGGUGCAGAUGAAGCAAGUUUGGAAUUGGUUUCAAAAUAAGCGGUAUGCAAUAAGAGCAAAAUCAAGUAAGACUCCGGGGAAGUUAAAUAUUACACCUUUAGCUCGGGAUGAUUCAACCCCAGUAAGGAGUAUGCCUCAACAACCAACAGCUGCUCCAAUUCCUGCUGCUUCUGCUUCAGUUCCAACAGUAGUAAAAGCAGCUCCAGAAAGUUCAGUUAUGGAAUUUGAAGCUAAAUCUGGAAGGGAUGGAGCAUGGUAUGAUGUGGCUACCUUUCUAUCUCACAGAUAUUUGGAGACCAGUGAUCCGGAAGUGCUGGUAAGAUUUGCUGGUUUUGGACCUGAGGAAGAUGAGUGGAUUAACAUUCGAAAACAUGUCAGGCCACGCUCUUUGCCAUGUGAAUCAUCUGAAUGUGUUGUAGUCAUCCCUGGUGAUCUCAUACUUUGUUUUCAGGAAGGUAAGGAGCAAGCUCUUUACUUUGAUGCCCAUGUCCUUGAUGCUCAAAGACGCAGGCAUGAUGUACGAGGCUGUCGUUGUAGAUUUUUGGUUCGCUACGAUCAUGAUCAGUCAGAGGAAAUUGUGCCACUUAGGAAGAUUUGUCGCAGGCCCGAAACCGACUACCGGUUACAGCAACUUCAUGCUCUGAAUGAGGCAGCACAUGUGGAUCAGCAAAAGACUGGCAUGGAUCCUACAGCAAAUGUUAAUGCCAUGAGGGUUACUACUGAAACAGUGCCAAAGCAGCUGAUUGCAGCAAACAUUCAUAUGGAGACCCCAGUUUUGCAAACAAAUGUUCCUGAAAGUAUGGAUGUGGAUCCAAAGAAAGCUGAAGCAAUUACUGAUGUUCAAGCAGGAAAUUCCAUCAUCACCCCAGGCAGUACCCCAUUUACUAACAUCAUCACUACAAGCAGUGUUCCUGAAGUUUCAAGUCAGACUCAGAACAUGGUUGAAUGAAAAUAGCUGUUUCAUUUUUCCAAACUUGAUGAGACUUGAGUACAAUUUUUUUUUUUAGAACUAUUUAGCUUAUAUUCUGCAGACAAUGAUUACAAGUGACUUUCUCUUGCUGUUUUAUUUGAACCAUAGAAAUUAAAAAGAAAAAUGAGGUUAUACAGUUAUGGAGCA